UUCACUAAAUGGCUAUGGCUUUUACAAGUAUCCUCCGCUAUCUGAUAUAUGUUUCUUAUCUAAUCCUCGUGAUCAGUGUUUUGGGUGAGCAGCAGAAUACAACUUGUGCAACUGGGGCAGAAAUGCACGUGAUUUCGCACAUAGAUUGGCCUGGAAAUGAUACUGACCACCGGACAUCGAUGAGUCAAACUGCGUGCGAACAGCUAUGCCUUCAAAAUUGCUCUUGCACUGUGGCCAUCUACGCCAAUCUUGACAACGGGGAACAUUGCUGGGUGAAGGCAAUGCCUUUGGGAACGAGCAGGCAAGACGACACACGAAUUGCUUUGGUAAAAGUCUACAACGUUGUUUCCGCCAUGCCCUCAAAAGAGAAAAAGGAGGGGAAGGGCCUAAUGGUUACUGGCAUAAUCCUUAUGGUUUGUUCCAUUGUCUUUGCAGCAAGUUUGUUAUUGAUUUGGAUUUAUAAAUGCCGACCCAAACUGGAAUCCUUGAAAGAGCAUCACAAGGCUAAUCCAGUAGGGUUGAAGGCAUUUAGUUAUCAAGAGAUCUCCACUGCAACUGGAGGCUUCAAGCAUGAAAUAGGAAGAGGCGGCUUUGGGAAGGUCUACAAGGGCGUCUUAUCUGACGGACGAGCAAUUGCUGUGAAGAAACUUGACGAUCUGGUCAAGCAAGGAGGACAUAAGGAUGUUGAAAAGGAGUUCAGAACAGAGAUGGGUAUCAUCGGAGCAACCCACCACAAAAAUCUUGUUCAGCUCUAUGGUUUCUGCGACCAGGGCUCAAACAAGAUUCUCGUGUAUGAGUACAUGCCCACUGGGUCUCUAGACAGAGUUUUAUUUAAGGUUAGAGGCAAUCUUGAUUGGGUACUACGUGUUCAAAUUGCUUUGGAAAUUGCAAGGGGAAUCCUUUACUUACAUGAAGAGUGCACAGCCCCCAUACUUCAUUGUGAUAUAAAGCCUCAGAACAUCCUGCUGGAUGAAAAUUACCACGCUAAGAUAGGCGACUUUGGAAUAUCCAAACUGAUUGGCAGAGAACAAACGAGGACUUUUACUGUUGCCCGUGGUACCGUCGGUUAUAUUGCUCCUGAAUGGCAGAAGAGCAUGGCAGUUACUGUGAAAGUAGACGUGUAUAGCUUCGGAGUGGUGCUAUUGGAAAUCAUCUGUUGCAGGAAGAUGUUUGAAUUGCAGGUUCCCGAAGAUGAGAUGAUUUUGUGUGAUUGGGUUUAUGACUGCUUCAAAUAUGGGAGACUUGUCAAGUUGGUUGAGCAACAGGAAUGCAGGAGUGUAGAUGCAGCACAGCUGGAAAGAAUGGUAUUGGUGGGGCUCUGGUGCAUUCAAGAAGAUCUUUCGCUGAGGCCAUCAAUUAAGAAAGUUGUUCAGAUGCUUGAAGGCACAAUUGAGAUUAGAGUGCCCCCUCAUCCAGCAUCUUCUUCAUAAAAUCGAAGCUCUCUAGUCCCAUAGGUUUAGAAGGAAGGUAGAAGCAACUCCAUCUUAAUUUAAGCACGGUUACGUCUUCUUAAAUGUUUAUGUAUCUUUCUAAUUUUUAUUAUUAUUGUCUAAUAUAUUUAUGCUUUCUCA